AUGGAUCACCAACUACAAGAACUGCUACAACAGGGCACUGCACCAGUUGUAGUACAUACUACACAAGCCCAAGGACGACCGCAUCGGCUUCUGGACUACCACACUUGGCUCGGUAUGCAGGUGGAUAGCCGGGCUCAAUCUCAGCCCGCAACAGUUACGCACCGGUACCCGAAGAGAGUGAGGAUCAGAUUUGCUACGUGGCAACUGAACGAGCUGGAGUCGGAAUAUUCAAACUUCCGCUACGUCAGCGAAACUCGACGCAAGCAGUUGGCUGACAGACUACAACUCAAAGAACACACAAUUACUGUGUGGUUCCAAAAUCGACGAAUGAGAGAAAAAAAGGCGAUUGUGGAGGCUCAACAAUUGUCUCAAGAGGUUUAUCGAGAAUUUCAACAACCGACACUUGACUACCAGCGCAUAGCUCAAACCUAUCCAAUGGAAAUUGCACCGUUAACACAAAAUUAUACGUCGGGACAGAACAACUAUUCUUUAUACCAUAAUCGACUUAUUGUUUCUCCGAGAAAUAUACAGGAAUCGCCACACCACCGUGACGUAGAUGUUCUACCUCAGACGCAACCUGUUACUCCUUCAAUAGAUUCUCAAAAAUUUACUUCAUUGGGGUCUACACGGGAAGAAAUUAUAAAAAACUUGUUACUACUUGAACGAUAUUAUAAGACAAGGCAUACAGAUGUAGCUGCCACCACCGAGGAAGAGAUGCAAUCCAGUAAAAAUGUAAUUUCUCACAUACACUCACCAUUUUUGUACGAUGAUACGGCGCCAUCUGUCAGUUUCCCGAAACAACAUUACCCAGAUGAAGUGGAAGAUCUUCCCGUAAUGGAAAGAAGACUGCAUGCAGUAGAAGAGCCGGUUCAACACAUUCCCACUGACCUCAUGGACUUGCCUUGUGAUACAUUUUUUAAAGAUGUGGAUAUCAAUAAUUAUUAUUAA